AGAUGGUUCCUACUCACAGUAAUUUGCUUUCCAACUAGUUAACUAUCUCUUUUAAAAAAGGAUUAUCUGUUGUAAUGUUUUUGGUUUUUAAAUUUUGCGAGACACGAUCGAUUAUCUUCAGUUAAUUGAUUCUUGUUUGGUUCUAUUUUGAAUCAUUUAAUUACUUCUUCCACCCGACAUCGAGCUGUGUUUGUUCCAAUUUCAAUUGUCGAGUUGUGCAGAGUAUAACGUCAUCUACAGGGAUGCACCCACUGCCUACGUCUCCAUUGGCGAGGAUCUGGGCGAUGUGGAGCCACCUCCAGUUCAUCGGCGACUUUAAAGGGAGUCGGGAAUUGACAGCCAGAGGUGAUAACUAUUAUCUGGCCUUCGAAGGGAUCAGGUACGCCAAGCCGCCGAUCGGGUACAACAGUUUCAGGGACCCGAUCAGUUUCGAUGAUCCAGGCAAUGUAGAGCGUAAGUUGUACUGCGUGGACAUAGACACAAGGGAUGAAAAGUUCGGAGAAGACGAUUGCCUCUGCCUCAACGUCUAUAGCCCUUUGCCUUACGUAAAUAAAAGCUUGCCAGUGUUGGUCUGGAUCGACGGGAGCGGAUUUCGUUACGGAAGUGUCAGAACCAGCGUCUGCCAGCCCGGCCGGCUCGUCGAAAAAGGGAUGGUGGUGGUGACGGUGAGCUACCGGCUGGGCCCGUUCGGCUUUCUGAGCUCGGAGGAUAAGAGAAAUCCGGGCAAUUACGGACUCAAAGACCAGCAGAUGGCCAUCGAAUGGGUCUUCAAGAAUAUACAAAAGUUCGGAGGUGAUCCGAAAAAGAUUACUUUAGGAGGAGAAGGCGCUGGAGCCGCGCACGUCCUCUUCCACUUAAACGGCGCUCUGUUGGGCAGGAUCAACAAGGGGAUAGCUCUCAGCGGGUCGAGGUUUGCACCCUGGGCCAUAUCGAAAAGACGAUGGGUGGAGGGAAAUACGAGAACCAUCAUGGGCAGAGUCUUUUGCUAUCACGACCUGGAUUGUUUUAGAACGAUGAAAAGCUCAAUUAUAUUCGCCGAAGCGAACAGAAUGUAUACUUAUUCGGUGGUGCACCAUGCCACCUGGUUGCAGAAGAUCUUGCAUCCUUUCAUACCUGUCGUGGACGGUGAGGUUAUCGAGUAUGACCCUUGGAAAAAGCCGGGAACGCGGGGAAACUUUUCCCUCCUCCUCGGUAUUAAAGACAAAGAAGGGUCUUUCAUCGACUCAUUGCUCAAGAACAGCAGAAAAUUAGGGUCCCUCGUGUCGACUAAAUUUGGGGACGAUUUCAACUACGAGAUGAUUGUAGGAAGGGCGAACAAUCUUACGGAGGACCACAGGAAUAAGUUGGCAGCGUUCUACAAGAGCAACGAAGAUUUGAAGAGCAUCAUCAAAGACGGGUGGUUCGUCUUUCCGGCUAUGGCGGAGGCCAAAUUCCACAGAGGUCCUUUCGAGGCGUUCAUGUACAGGGACUUACGAGGUACUCGGUUUCAGAACGAAACUAUGAAAAACCUGACGGAACUGAUAGCCAGAUUUGUCUACGGGAGCCCGUCCCAGCUUAAACCGCACUCGGAGGGUAAGCGUAUCUUCAAAAUAACAGCUGCUCUCCACGACCCAACACUCUUCCAGGAAGUGGACGAAGCCAUGUCGAAGAGAAUGGAGAUGUGGAAGUCGUUAAAUAUAUUACCACCGCACAAUUCCUCCUCCUAUGCCUAUACUUCACCCAUUGUUGAGUCCACCCCCGGCACCACCAAUACUAUCAGUUUCAGUAUCCCUGUCGUCCUGGAUGGCAACGAGUCCAUUUCCAUACAGCAACCACACCGUCUCCAACAGUGUACAAGGAAGCUCCAAAAGUGUCGGAGAAGGUUCAAACAGUGCAGGAGGGGCAAUCAACCCGAGGUAUCUCAACCACGCCGCCUCCUACUGUGUUUUUCCUUUCCAGAACCUCUAUAAAUAAAUACAUUUUACUUGAUUUUGUUGAA